CCAGGCAGGAUCUUGCCGUCAUGUGUUCUCACACUGCGCUCUCCUGUUACAGGACUCGCUUGAAGACAGAAGGUAUUUAGGACCCAGGGGGGACGACGGCGACUGUGUGGAGAAGGCGCACACGCGCACCCUAACCCAAAAAUGCAUCGCCCCGCCGAGCUGGAGCAUCACAGUUCCUUAGCGAGAUCUUAGGCUGAGGCGUACAGAAAGAAGCCUUUCUUUCCAGCCACCCAUCUCAGCGGCAAGGAUUCCUGCAGAGAACCUCACCCAAGGCGGGGCUUUAUGGCGCUCUAAAGAGAAUGGUGAUACGAGUUAUUUUUUUCCUUGGAUGGAUAUCUAGGGAUAUGAAUUGAAUGUAAGAGCUACUUGCAUGGAUACGAAAAAAUACCCGCUAAUCGUAUUCUUCUAUAUAAUGCAAGAGUUACAUGCACUUGAAUGGAUCACAACCACAGAAUAUUAGUUGAAUGGGACCAGUGCAUCUUCUAAUCACAUUUCUGAAGUUUAGGAUUGGGAAAAGAGACUUUUGCAAAGAUGACCCAUUUACAUGCUGGACUUAGUCCAGAGACUAUAGAGAAAGCCCGUCUGGAACUCAAUGAAAACCCCGAUGUUUUGCACCAGGAUAUCCAACAAGUCAGAGACAUGAUCAUUACAAGGCCUGACAUUGGAUUUUUACGUACAGAUGAUGCCUUCAUCUUGAGAUUUCUUCGAGCCAGAAAGUUUCACCAGACAGAUGCCUUCAGAUUACUGGCUCAGUACUUCCAGUACCGUCAACUGAACCUGGAUAUGUUCAAGAAUUUCAAGGCUGAUGAUCCAGGAAUCAAACGAGCUCUGAUUGAUGGAUUCCCGGGAGUGCUGGAAAACCGUGAUCACUAUGGCAGGAAGAUACUUUUGCUCUUUGCAGCCAACUGGGAUCAGAGUAGGAAUUCUUUCGUAGACAUUUUACGAGCUAUUCUGUUGUCCUUAGAAGUUCUCAUUGAAGAUCAAGAGCUUCAAAUAAAUGGCUUCAUUCUAAUUAUAGACUGGAGUAACUUCUCCUUCAAGCAAGCCUCCAAACUAACACCUUCUAUCCUCAAACUGGCCAUUGAAGGGUUACAGGACAGCUUUCCUGCUCGCUUUGGGGGAGUCCAUUUUGUGAACCAGCCGUGGUACAUCCAUGCCCUGUACACGCUCAUCAAGCCCUUCCUCAAAGACAAGACAAGGAAAAGGAUAUUUCUUCAUGGUAACAAUCUGAAUAGCCUUCACCAGCUUAUACACCCUGAUUGCCUGCCCUCAGAGUUUGGAGGGACACUUCCUCCUUAUGACAUGGGCACUUGGGCUCGGACGUUACUUGGUCCAGACUACAGUGAUGAAAACGACUACACUCACACUUCCUACAACACCAUGCAUGUGAAGCAUUCAUCUUCCAACCUGGAGAGGGAAUGCUCCCCAAAACUCAUGAAAAGAUCUCAGUCAGUGGUGGAAUCUGGAACACUGAAACAGAACAAGGAACAGAAUGAGAAUGAGAACACCCAGCCCCUGCUGGCUCUAGACUGAGAUUGAAUUCAUCAUGAACACACAAAUGCAUCAUCAGACUUCAGUGGUACCUGAAGCCUAUGAAGCAAGAGACAGGUUUAAUACACAUUAACACAUUCAGCUUGAAUGCCAGGCUCUCCAUCUUUGCAGAGCAAAUAAUGAUCAUCACCAGCCAUGUGUCCGUGUGGCCAAAGCCAAAGGGAAAAUUCCUUGUGGCCCAGAGAAUACUAAGCUAAUGAGUCUGAU